GGGGUUCGUGAGGGAGGGGGGGUGGCGGCUGUGGCGGGAGGUCCUCGUCGCGGCCCGCCGGGGCUGCCUUGUCUUUUUUUUCUCUUUUCCAGACCUCGCAGCGCCCAGAAGCGGGCGUGGCCCCUCCGUGCCGGCGGACAGGACUCCUAAAGCUGCCGCAGUGCCCUGAGAUAAUGUUUUGGAAGCCUCCCGUGGGUGGGAGUGCCCCACGGAGCGGGAGCUCCCGUGGGGGUUAAGGUCUGUCCCCAGCACGCGCUUUGUGCCGCCUCAGUGAGCCUUUAUUGCCGUGAUCGGGGGGGUGUGAGCCACCCUGCCACCUCCAGGGGCUCUGAGGGUUUUGUGUGUGGUGACCCGUGUGCUUCUUCACCCGUGGGUGGCUUUCCUUGGGGAAACGAGGUGGAGUGUGUGCACGCAGGAUUUCUUGACAAUUCACUUGGUCUGUCAUCCCGUCAGAAGAGAACUGGAUGGAACUCUUCCAGCCUUGCUGUUGCCCAAGUGUCAAUUAAGUGGAUUGUCAAGUUGGCUUGAAAAAAAAAAAAAGCAGAAGAUGUUUCAUGUUAAGUAUCAGCCUUUGAGACUGAUAGCCCAAAGCAGUCUUUCUGGCAUGUGUUUAAAACUGAUGUUUUCAAGACCUGUAGCGUUUGCACAGAUAUGGAAGUCGUGGUUCUCAAGCCAUUCUCUUGUUGGAAACAAAAAUAUUAUCCUGAUGGGGCCUCCGGGUGCUGGGAAAACAACAGUUGGGAGAAUAGUAGGUCAGAAACUGGAUUGCCCUGUCAUAGAUAUAGAUGAUGAUGUCCUUGAAACAACCUGGAAUAUGAGCGUGUCGGAAAAGCUGCAGGAUGUUGGUAACGAGCAGUUUUUAGAGGAGGAAGGAAAAGCCCUGUUGAAGUUUUCAGCAUCUGGAAGUGUCAUUUCCCUUACUGGGUCCAAUCCGAUGCAUGCUGCCAGCAUGCAGCAUGUGAAGCAAAAUGGAAUCGUUGUGUAUCUGGACGUGCCCACGGUGGUCAUUAUGAGCAGGCUGAAGUCAAUGAAGGUGGAUCGCAUUGUGGGCCAGGGUCCUGACACUUCUCUCAAGGACAUCCUUCAGUUCAGGAAGCAGUUCUACAAAAGGUGGUACGACGUCCGUGUGCUUUGUGGAGGGGAUGUGGCAGCAGAGGUCGUGGCAGAAAAGGUACUUGAUGCCGUGAAGAGAUACCAAAACUCAGAACUGGAAACUUACAUUUCAACUAGGUCUAGUAGGUCUGGAAGGAGCACACAAAAAGACGCUUGCAAGUAUUUCAGUGAUGUUGUUAUUGAGGGCUUAGCCCCCGAUGGAGGACUCUUUGUUCCUGAGAGAGGACUUCCAAAAUUCACUGCCGAAGAGUGGCAAAGCCUGAUAGAAGCAACGUAUGCUGAAAGAGCCCAGGUGGUACUCGAGAGAUGCAUACACCCUGCUGAUAUCCCUGCAUCGAAACUGCAAGAAAUUAUUGGCAUUGCUUAUGGAGAAAACUUCUCUUGUUCUAAAAUUGCCCCAGUUAGGCAUUUGACAGGCAAUCAGUUUCUCCUUGAGUUAUUUCAUGGACCAACAGCUUCAUUUAAAGAUUUUGCCUUACAGAUGAUGCCGCAUAUGUUUGCAUACUGCAUUCCCAGGAGCUGCAAUUACUUGGUUCUGGUAGCUACUUCUGGGGACACAGGGAGUGCUGUCCUGGAUGGCUUCAGUCGUCUCCAUGACAUUGACAAACAGCGAAUUGCUGUCAUGAGUUUUUUUCCUGAGGAUGGAGUAAGCCCCAUUCAAAAAUCACAGAUGAUUGGCUGUCAGAAGGAAAACGCCUGGUCCAUAGGUGUCAAAUCUGAUUUUGAUUUUUGCCAGACGGCUAUAAAACAAAUCUUCACCAAUUCUGAUUACACUGGCUUUCUUACAGUAGAAUAUGGAACAGCUUUAGCAGCAGCAAACUCCAUAAACUGGGCACGCCUGCUUCCUCAGAUAGUUUAUCAUGCCUCUGCAUACCUUGAUCUUGUUCAGCAAGGUAUUAUCGCCUUUGGAAGUCCUGUAGAUGUUUGCAUUCCUACAGGGAACUUUGGCAACAUAUUAGCUGCUUUGUAUGCUAAAAUUAUGGGAAUCCCUAUUAGAAAAUGCAUUUGUGCUUCCAACCAAAACAACGUUUUGACUGACUUCAUACAGACGGGUAGCUAUGAUUUGAGGGGAAGAAAGUUAGUUCCCACUUCCUCACCAGCGGUAGAUAUUCUGAAGUCCUCCAAUCUCGAGCGGUACUUGCACUUGAUUGCCGAUGGGGACGGACAACUGGUGACACAACUGUACAGCCAGCUGGAAAAUCAGGGCCACUUUCAGCUACGGAAAGAUCUACUCGAAAAGCUUCAGCAGGACUUGGUGGCUGGCUGGUGCUCUGAGGACGACUGCCUCGCUGCCAUUCACUACGUGUACAGCACCACGGGAUAUAUUUUGGAUACACACACAGCUGUUGCUAAAGUAGUUGCAGAUCGAUUGCAAGACAGAACUUGCCCAAUUAUUAUUUCAUCUACAGCUCAUUAUUCGAAGUUUGCACCUGCUAUCUUGAGGGCCUUGAGGAUUGCGGAAAUCAAACAGAACCCAUUAAGUCAGCUUCACUUGCUGAGUUCUUACAGCCCUCUGCCUCCAGUCCACUGGGGCCUGUUAGAGACGCUGAAAAAGAAUGAGAAUGAGCAUCACCAGGUCUGUGCUGCUGAUCUGAGCGUGCUGAUGUCCCAGAUAGAGACCUUAAUUCAAAAUCAUUUUAUGAAAGCUUUCUGAGCAACCGGUCAGACAUCCACUGUGUCAAUCAUGUGUUUUAGCCAACUGCAUGAAUCACAGAAUCAUAGAAUUCAAGUCACCAUCCAUCUGGCCUGUGUCCAGGCCACAGCGUAACAUCUGCAGGGUUACAUUCAAUUGUCUUCAGCGGUGUUUUUAAGUAAUGCAUGUGAGGUUUGUAGCAGUGCUGAAGGGUUUUGUAUUGAGAGGGCAGAAGCCUGGAGUACUCCUGUGCAGGCCACACAUACUAGAGACAGCAGCUGUGCAGGCUUCCCUUGGCAGCGCUGUCCCCUUCACAAGCCUGGAGCAUUCUCCCCUGAAGGAGGGAGGUAAUGAAGUCUGACCUUUCUGAAACAAAUAGCUGUCGUUUUGUUGUGGGAAUGAUGUGAUCACUUGCCAGGGGGUGAUUGGUUAAACUCUCACUUCACUUAGGGCACCGGAACAUAAUAUGAUAGUGAUGAUGCUCAAAUGUUACUAAUGAGGGUUGAUUUUGCUGUGAAGAUUAAAGUAUACUUGUAUUAUUAAUCCAUGAACCAUGCAAUUUGAUUAUAUGUUAUCUUCUUA